AUGGUGUAUAGCAACAGUUUGGAGGAGCACAUGGAGCAUCUCCGCAAGGUUUUCCAAGUGUUGAGGGAGAACGAGUUGUGCGUCAAGAAGGAGAAAUGCACUUUUGCCCAACCACAAGUGCAAUUCCUUGGGCAGACAAUCAUCCAAGGAGAAAUUCGGAUGGAUAGCGACAAGAUUAGUGCUAUUCGAGAUUGGGAGAUUCCAACGAAAGUAACUGAGCUUCGGUAUUUUCUUGGCCUUGCCAAUUAUUAUAGGCGAUUCAUCCUUGGAUAUUCAGCCAUUACGGCACCACUUACCGAUUUGUUGAAGAAAAACCGGAAGGCCAACAUUGUUGCCGACGCCUUAAGUCACAAGGUAGUGCUAGUGGCUAUAGUUAGCACGACCAGCAGUGAUAUUAUUGAUGCCAUCAAGCAAUGCAUGCAACAUGAUCCAGUGGCGAAGCAGCUUCUUGUCUUGGCCAGUAAAGGCAAGAUGAAGAAAUUUUGGGUCGAUGACGGUAUUCUCUAUACCACAGGCAUACGCAUUUAUGUGCCAUAG